GCCCGAGCCCAGGAGCCCUAAAACCUUUCACACCCGACCUCUAUCGCUGCAAUCCAAGGCCGUCGCUCGGCCCCCCGACCACCAUCCACCGCCGUGGCUCUUCUCCUUCCGGCCGACGCGAUUUUAACAUUGACAGGAGAACUUAAAGAAGCUCAUUCAGCUCUCUGCCUUCCAUCAAAACCAUGCAGUUCGCUAUCUGAGAAAUGUUAUUGGUGGAUAAGUGCCAUAUAAACUCUGAACACAAGAUGGUCUCGGAUACUCUGCAAAUUAAUCAUCAUCUAACAAAUGGAGAAGCUGAGAACAACCUUCACAGACAAAGCGAAAAGACUUUAUGUCAACCCCUGAAUGGAAGUUUAGGAGAGGUUAGUUCUUUGGGAUUUGGUGCUAAUCGUACCCAUACAGAUGAAGAAUCUGUGGACAUCUUGGAAGUCACUACAAGAGAUUCAGCAGCUACUUCCAAUUCCAACUCCCAUCUAGAUGUAAUAGCUAAAACUGGAAAAAGGCAGAAUGAUAUGACUUUGGAAGACAUUUAUAAUAAAGAGUAUAAUUUUGACGAUGAUGAUGAUGAUAGUGACUGGGAUCCGUUGGAGAAGAACAUCGAAGUUUUAAAAUGGUUUUGUGUCAACUGUACAAUGGUUAACUUUGAUGAUGUCGUACACUGUGAUGUAUGUGGAGAACAUAGAGAAUCUGGAAUUCUUAGGCAUGGGUUUCAUGCCUCUCCGUUUUUGCCUGAGCAAAGUCUUGAUCCAAACGGAUCAGAAUUAAUUGAAAGUUCCAAAGGAUCAUGUUCACAGAAUGUUGCUCCAAACAACUCCACUGUAGUAGGAUUUGAUGAGAGGAUGCUGCUGCAUGCAGAAGUUGAAAUGAAGCCUCAUCCGCAUCCAGAAAGACCAGAUCGUCUUCGGGCUAUUGCUGCCAGCCUUGCUACUGCAGGUAUAUUUCCUGGAAGAUGUCAUCCAAUUUUAGCUAGAGAGAUUACACGAGAGGAACUUCUAAUGAUCCACUCUCCAGAGAACAUUGAGGCUGUGGAGCUCACAAGCCGUAUGCUUGCCAGUUACUUCACUCCUGAUACAUAUGCAAACGAACAUUCAGCUCGUGCUGCCAGACUAGCAGCAGGUUUAUGUGCUGAUCUGGCUUCUACUAUAUUCUCAGGGCGUGCAAAAAAUGGUUUUGCUCUGGUUCGGCCUCCUGGUCAUCAUGCUGGUGUGAAACAGGCAAUGGGGUUCUGCCUUCACAAUAAUGCAGCAAUUGCUGCAUCAGCAGCCCAAGCUGCAGGAGCUAAGAAGGUCUUAAUUGUUGACUGGGAUGUACAUCACGGAAAUGGCACUCAAGAGAUAUUUGAUCAGAGCAAAUCGGUUUUGUAUGUGUCCCUGCAUAGACACGAGGGUGGAAAGUUCUAUCCUGGCACUGGAGCUGCUGAUGAGGUUGGUACCAUGGGUGCAGAAGGAUAUUGUGUCAAUAUUCCUUGGAGUCGCCGGGGAGUUGGCGAUAAAGACUAUAUUUAUGCAUUUCAACAUAUUGUGAUUCCUAUAGCGUCUGAGUUUGCCCCAGAUUUUACUAUCAUUUCUGCAGGAUUUGAUGCUGCAAGGGGUGAUCCCCUUGGAUGUUGUGAUGUGACUCCUGCUGGCUUUGCACAGAUGACAGAAAUGCUGACUGCUCUUUCUGGUGGAAAGUUACUUGUUAUCCUUGAGGGCGGCUAUAAUCUUCGUUCAAUAUCAUGCUCUGCUACUGCAGUUAUUAAGGUCUUGCUUGGUGAAAGUCCAGCGUGCAACUUGGAUGAUAUUGUUCCUUCCAAGUCUGGGUUGCGAACCAUUUUUGAAGUUUUAAAAAUUCAGACAAAAUAUUGGCCUGCACUAGAGUCAACCUUUUCGAAAUUGCAGUUACGAUGGGGAAUUUAUGCUUUUCAGGACACAGGGAAGCAGGUAAAAAGGAGACGAAAGGCAGUGGUGCCUGUUUGGUGGAGAUGGGGGCGAAAGAGGUUAUUCUAUCGUGUGCUGUCCAAGCAGCUUCAAUUUAAAGUGAAAUAGGUGCCAAGUGUACAUGUGUUUCGUAGUCUGACCUGUCUUUGUAACUUCUUCAGUACCUAAAUUAGGGUUGUGCAGUUUUGUGGAAAUGGAUUCCUAGUAAUGCAAAUUAUGUUGAAUUUUACCGCUCU